GCCAAGUGAACGUCAGUGAACAUACUGAAAAGAGAAAUAUUGAUUGAUUAUUAGUGCAUUAAUUUAUUUUUGAUUGAGUGUCUUGGUGGAAUUGAAUUUCCACUAUUGUGGGAUUGGUUACAAUAUUUAAAUUUCACGUUUUAAGUUGCAUUUGAAUUUAUUUCAAAAAUGAGGGGCAAGCAUUCAGUAAAAAGGCGGUAAAACAGAAAUCUGUCAGAAUCACUCAAAACAACGGAAAUAUCGAUUGAGCAGUUUUGUUUUAGAGGUUAGAGAAACGUCAGUUCAAGUUUUUCGUUAUUUCUUGUUUAUCAUUUACAAAGAUUGUAUGCGGUGUUAUUUAAAAAAACAAGAAAUUGUGCCAAGCUAUAAACUGUUAUAAGUAAUCAAUAAUUCUGGAGGUUAUCGAUCUAUAGAUAAAACAAGAGAUGUUUGUUGCCUCAGCUUCGUCCACCGUCAAGUUUCACGACUUUCCCGGCAACCAGCUCGUACACACCUAUCAACCCACCUGUAAAACCAAUGGUUCGUGUAAAAGCUUGUCUUGGUCGAAAGAUGGCAACUGGCUAGCUGUGGUUCCCAAUGCCGGAAACACCGAAAUUGUCUCUCUGAAAGGGCAUUGCAAGCUUAUCCAUACUGUUCACGAUGUUGCUGAACCCUCGUGUGCCAGCUUUCCAAAUUUAACCAAAAGAAACCUCGCUAUUGGCACUAAAAACGGCCAAGUACUGCUCUACGAUAUUAAGUCGAGAAACAUCAAGGCUAGAUAUCCGAGAACUUCCAGCGCUAUCACUCAUGUGGGAUUUACUGCAAAAGAUACUCAUUGCUAUGCGGGCUGUGCUAAUGGCAAUAUAUUGCUGUUUAGUAGCAUCGGUAAAAAUUUAUCAUCUACCUUAAAAGUUCCGAAGUCACAAUCACUAACAACUGUAAAAGCUCACGCACAAAAAAGGAAUUAUAUCAUUGCUGGCAGUAACGAAGGCAUUGUUUCUGUGUGGGACUUCAACGUCAGUAGUAAUAAAGUUAAAUUUCAAGCAGGAGCCCAUAGCGGACCUGUUAGUUCUGCUGUAUUUUCUCCUCUAAAUUGUGCAUUAAUUGUAUCAGCUGGCCUAGACAGGGUCGUGCGUGUAUUCGAUAUAGAAUCAAAUUCAAGAAUUACCAGCAUUCCUGUUGAAAAUAACAUACUUUCAUUAGACUUUUUGGAGAAUUCAUUGUAUAUUGUUAUGGGCGCACAAAAUGGCAAAAUUCAUAUUUACGAUACAAGAAACUUGCAGAAACAUUUACAUUCCUUUGAAGCCCACACAAGUGCUAUUAAACACAUCACUUACCAAAAGAAUUUAGAAGAAAAUUUGGACAGUAAUAAUUCCUUGGACAAUAUAUCCGCAGAAGUUCAAAAACAAACUAAAUCAAACGAAGAAAUUCCUGCAAGUAAAAAAAGAACAAGCGAUUUUUUUGGUAUUGUCCAAGGCCCAUCGGCUUCAGUCAGCGAAUCAUUUGAAGACCGCAUGCAAGCAGUAAUCCAAGUUAAUAAUGUAACUGUUCCAGAUGGCGGAGAUUCGUUUAUUAACUUACUGGGAUUAGACAGAAAUAACACUUUGGAUUCGUUUAAAGAGGAAAGUGCUGAUAACGAAGAACGUCUAUUGGAAAAUAUUCAUACUCCAAAUCCACCAAAAGAUGAGGUACUAAAAUUUCUCGAUUCUAACUCAAAACUGAAACAAUCCACCUCUACACCGAAAUUUCCUCAACAAGAUUUCACAAACGAAAUGUCCCCGAUUAUAAUUGCCUCCACAAGUCAAGCCAGUAAAACUCCUGUCAAUUUUAAUACCGCUAGCAUUCUGGAUUUAUCCAAACAAAUGGUCCAAGGCGAAGUAAAGAAAGCCCUGGACGAUAUGGAAACUAAACUGACUUAUCAGUUUAUGACGCACACACAUCAGAUUAGACGAAUGGUGUUGGAUUUGCACAUGGCUUCUAUAAAAGAGUUCGGCAAGCUUGAACAUAGUUGCAAUAAGAUAAGAGAUCACGUAAAAGCCGCAGAGCCUACAGGGUCUAGUAGAGAGGAUGCUUUGUUUGAGGAAAUUGUUAAUCUCAAAAUGAAAAACCAGGAAUUGGAAUCUGAAUUGGCAAGGCUUAAGGUUAGUCAGGAGAAUGCUAGUAAUAAUAAUUAGUAGGUAUUUGGUUUAAUGAUAAAGGUGCCUUUUAUUAUUAACUAUUUUGAUAUUUUUGUAAGAAACUCGGAUGUAUUUUUUGUAUGAAUUUAAUAAAUAUUUUUUGCCUUUA